AUGUUGAAGGAAAAUAGUUGCGAGGCUAACGACAGUGACGAUGGUGAUUUUUCUCCUUCUCAAGAUUCGUCGGAAGAUGAAGAAACUGUUGAAGUCAAUGGGUUUCAUGUUCUUCCUUCACAAGAAAAUUUGGUCAGUCAAAUGUUAAAAAAACAUCCAGAUCUGACUUCAAACUUUGAUUUAAAGAAUCAACAACUUAAGAAUGCUUACAUGGAUGUCCUCGUCGACAUAAGUGAGACAUUGUCCCAGUCGACAAAGGCACUUUCCAUGGAAGACCUAGAUAAAGCAGAGAGUACGCUUUUUGAUCUUACGAAAGCAGGUUUGAAAGUGGGUUGGUUGCGUCAGAAGUUGGAUGAAGCUUACUUGAAGAAAGAGAAACAGAGAAUUAGUGGUGUCCGGAUCAGAGAACUCGAGGAACAGGUCAAUAAGCGAAAGCUUACUUUGUCCGAUUUGGAAUCCGACCUUAAAAAAGAGAAAGCAAAUCAACUGUCCAUGGCUCAAUUGAAAAAAAGAAUGGUUUGA